AGAGGAAGUUCACAAGAGAGUUGUUCUUCCUAACGAAUUUAUAUUUUGUCCUACAACCAAGAAGUUGCGUCCUCAAUAUGGACUUUAUUGAUGAAGAUUCCUGUGAUGAGGACCUGACUGAGUUCACGUCCAAGUUCAUCUCUGCCACGGCUCUGGAACGCCUGCAUCCAUCAGAAGCUCACAGACCCCUUCCCACUGUUAGCCUACCAAGGCUUAAUGUGGACCUCAGGGCUGAGAUCCUGAAGGCUGUGCGGGACGCUGCAAGAGCUCAAGAGCAGUCUUUGCAGGCGACCAUAGACAGCAUGAAGAGAGAGCUGGAGAAGACCAUGAAGAGCAGACAGGAGGAAAGACAGAAGAAGUUAGCUGUCCUGCUCGAGGGUAGGCAGACGAGGGUCGCGCAAAUGGAGAAAUGGAAAGAGGAGAAAAAAGCCAUCCUCCAUCGAAGAAGUGGCGGACACAAUGAGGAAGAAGCAGAGUGUGCCGUUGCAGUGCUGAAGGAGGCAAUUGUUCACUUGCCCAGGGUGAUACACAGCCUGGAUCACUUGAGAUCAGUGGAGAUUGAGGAGCUAAACAGGAGAGAGGAGGAAGAGGACUGUUCGGAGCUUGAAGCGUGGAAGGAACAACGUUCACACUUGGCCACCAUCAUCAAGGAGCAGAACAGGGAGACAGUGGCCAGAGUCGCUCAGCUCUGGAAGUCAACGACGGAGGGAGAAAGCAGAAUGUGCAAGAAAACCAGUGCUGUGACACUGGUUGUGCCAUCCCAGCUCCCUCCACUGCCAGCCAAGCUCCCUCCACUGCCAUCUCCACUGCCAUGCAAGCUACCUCCUCUGCCAUCUACACUGCCAGCCAAGCUACCUCCUCUGCCAUCAAAGCUACCUCAACUGCCAGCCAAGCUCCCUCCUCUGAACCUACCCCUGCGGAGGGCACUCCGUACAGUUGCACCUCUGCCUCCCAUCCAGUCCAAGACCAAACAAGAGGACCUGGAGAGCAUUUCAGAUCAUCCCACACAGGUGAGACCUUUCCAGUCCAGGACCAAAGAGGAGGACCUUGACAUAAAGAGUGUUUCAGAUCAUUCCACUCAGAGUGCUGUGGCAGAGCACUUGAUGGUGAAUCUUGAUGCUGAUGGUCAAAGUCCAGAGGCUACGAGCACAUGGUCCUCUGAGUCCCUAGCAGCAGGUGACAGCAUGGUAAAGCAGGAGAAGAAAAAGACGAAAAGCAUUAAAAAGAGGUUUUUCCAGUUCCUCCGAAAGCUGAACUGCUGCAGUGCCAAAGAGGACUAGAAGACCCAUCGACCCACCUUCAUUAUUUUCAUUAGUUUAACUUUCAUAGC